AUCUCCCUUGAGAUCCUUCUGUUCCCUAGGUUCAUGCCUCAGCCAUGUGCCCUGUGGAGGUAUCCCUGUCCCCCCUGGAUGCCUCAAUAAUGCUUCUACUUCAGCUGCUGCUGCCCACAACAUCUGCCUUCUUUCCCAACAUUUGGAGCCUCCUGGCUGCCCCGGGUUCUGUUACUCACCAAGACCUGACUGAGGAGGCUGCACUCAAUGUCACCCUCCAGCUCUUUCUGGAAAGGCCACCUCCAGGAAGGCCACACCUUCGUAUGGAGGACUACAAGGGCCGGACCCUCCUUGCCGAUGACAUCUUUGCUGCCUACUUUGGACCUGGGUUGCCUUCUCGGCGGUUCAGAGCAGCUUUAGGAGAGGUGUCUCGAGCCAAUGCAGCCCAAGACUUCCUGCCAGCUUCCAGGAACAAUCCUGACCUGCACUUUGAUGCUGAACGGCUGGUCCAGGGGCGCACACUCCUGGUGGGGGCUCUGCGGGAGACCCUGGUGGCCGCCAGAGCCUUUGAGUACACGCUGGCCCGACAGCGCCUAGGAGCUGUACUUCAUGCCCUGCAGGACUUCUAUAGCCACAGCAACUGGGUGGAGCUGGGGGAGCGGCAACCACACCCUCACCUCCUCUGGCCAAGGCCGGAGCUCUGGAGCCUGGCACAAGUUGGGGAUCCUACUUGCUCUGACUGUGAGGAACUGAGCUGCCCUGGGAAUAUGCUGGACUUCACACUGCUCACCUCUGGCUACUUUGGAAUGCAUCCCCCCAAACCUCAAGGGAAAUGUAGCCAUGGGGGCCAUUUUGACCAGAGUAGCUCACAGCCACCUCUCGGAGGCAUCAACAAGGACAGCACAUCUCCAAGCUUCUCGCCACACCACAUGCUACACCUCCAGGCUGUAGAAGUGGCCCUCCUAGCCUCUGUCCAGGCCUUCAGCCUCCUGCGAAGCCGUCUAGGAGACAGGGGCUUCUCCAGGCUACUGGACAUCACGCCAGCCUCCAGCCUGAGCUUUGUCCUGGAUACCACAGGCAGUAUGGGCGAGGAGAUCAAUGCAGCCAAGAUCCAGGCUCGCCGCAUUGUGGAGCAGCGGCAAGGCAGCCCCAUGGAGCCCAUUUUCUACGUCCUGGUGCCUUUCCAUGACCCAGGAUUUGGCCCUGUCUUUACAACCAGUGACCCAGACAGCUUCUGGCAGAAACUCAACGAGAUCCAUGCCUUGGGGGGUGGAGAUGAGCCUGAGAUGUGCCUGUCUGCCCUGGAGCUAGCCCUGCUGCACACACCACCCCUCUCAGACAUCUUUGUCUUCACUGAUGCCUCCCCCAAGGAUGCCUUUCUCACCAACCGGGUAGAAUCCCUGACUCGGGAAAGGCGCUGCAGGGUGACAUUCCUAGUGACUGAAGACCCAUCGAGGCUUCAGGGGCGAGUGAGGCGAGAGGCCUUGUCUCCCUUGCGUUUUGAACCAUAUGAAGCAAUAGCCUUGGCAUCAGGAGGAGAGGUGAUCUUCACCAAAGACCAGCACAUUCAGGAUGUGGCAGCCAUUGUUGGGGAGAGCAUGACUGGUCUGGUGACUCUUCCCCUGGAGCCUCCUGUCUCUGUCCCUGGGGAGACUUGUGUGUUUACUGUGGACAGACUGCUCCGGCAGGUCACAGUCAGGAUGCACGGGGACAUCAGUGGCUUCUGGAUCAAGAGCCCUGCAGGAGUGUUACAGGGCCCAGAGGAAGGCUUAGGUCCUCUGGGUCACACCCGUCGAUUUGGACAGUUCUGGACAGUGACCAUGACUGACCCCCCUCAGACAGGGUCUUGGGAGAUGCAGGUAGCAGCUGAGGGAACUCCCCGAGUAAGAGUACAAGCCCAGACUUCCCUGGACUUCCUCUUUCACUUCGGGAUCCCUUUGGAGGAGGGACCCCACCCUGGCCUCUAUCCCAUGACUCAGCCAGUUGCAGGUCUGCAGACCCAGCUGCUUGUAGAAGUGACGGGGCUGGUCUCUAGACAGAACCCUGAGGAUGGCCAGCCACAUUUUUCCCAUGUUGUCCUUCGAAGGGUCCCAGAGGGCACUCAUCUGGGCCGGGUACCCUUGGAGCCUGUGGGACCCCUUGAGCGAGGUCUCUUUGCUGCCUCCCUGCCUCCCACACUGCUGUCUACUGGGGCACCUUUCUCCCUGGAGCUUGCUGGCCAGGAUGGAGGGGGCCAGGACUUGCGCAGGACUGCCCCCCAGCCUUGCACUGUGGCUCCUGUGCUUCUAGAGCUCAGUGGCCCACCAGGUUCCUUGGCCCCAGGCAGCAAGGCCCCUCUCAGCCUGCACAUCGCCAGCUUCUCUGGCCCCCAGGAUCUUGAUCUUAGGACGUCUGUCAACCCUAGCUUCCCCCUCACCUCCAACCUCUCCCGGGCUCACCUGGGACUGAAUGAAUCUGCCUGGGGACGUCUGUGGCUGGAGGUCCCAGAUUCAGCAGCCCCUGACAGUGUGGUAAUGGUGACUGUGACUGCAGUGAGUCAAGGAGCCAGCCCAGUACCCCCCACCCAUGCCUUCCUCCGGCUCCUGGUGCUGGCCCAGUCCUCACAGGAUCAGCUGGAGAGCCCUGCCCACUCUGCUGGCCGUGUGCUCCCUCCAGCCACCUCUACCUUGCUUCCUUCUACUUUGGUGAUUCGGGGCAGAGCUGGGGGAGGGAUGGUCAGUACAUCGUGGUGGGGAACAAUCGCAGGGGUGCUGUUCCUGCUAGGUUGUUCUUCCUGAUAACACAGCAGCUCCACAGGGACAGGACUCUUUUCGGUACCAGUUUUAGUCUGCCCUCUAGGUGGGAUGGUCACAUGGCUUCAGGGCCCUGCCCCUCCCAACUGGAUUGGGGAUUUUUCUUCUGUCACAGUUGACCCUUACCUUUCUUCUUUUUUCCAAGAUAGGGUUUCACUGUGUAGCCCUGGCAGUCUUGGAACUCAGAAAUCUGCCAGCCUCUGCUUCCUGAGUGCUGGGAUUAAAGGUGUGUGCCACCUCCACUGCCC